AUGAGCGAUGAGCUCAAGUUACUCAAGUACAGAAUGGUGACCACUCCCUUCGAGGUCGUCCUCAAGAAACUACUUUCAUCCACCGAUGGGCUCGACCUCCUUAUGGCAGAUACCACAUUCAAGCCCCCCGAGGAGGUGAGGGCGACGGAAGAAAUGGUUGGGGUCCUAGAUGAGGUCCGAGCCAAGUUGUACUCCACAAUAAAGUCUUCGGCAGCAAUCGACCACAUAGUCUGCGUAUCCCACCGUCUCGCCCAGCCCGAUGCCGCCGACCCAACCACCGCCCCCACCGACCUGGCUCUCUACUACUCGGACGACCACCCCGAGCCCGGCGCGCCAACCAGCUGGAGCCAAGUCGAGCUCCUCAUCGAGCUCCGCGACCGCGACCCGUUCGACCUCGCCGCCCCCGACGCGGACCCAACCACCCUCCUCGCCGCGUACCGCCGCUCCGAAGCCUGCGCGCGCGAGAUCUUCGCGCACCAGCAGCGCCGCGACGUCUACACCGUCGUCGCCUUCGGGACCUCCGCCCGCGUCGUCCACUGGGACCACUCCGGGUUCGAGACGACUGAACCCGUCGCGCACGCGCGCCUCGCGCGCUUCGUCCGCCUCUACUCGCGCUUGGGCGCCGCCGCGCGCGGCCACGACCCGUCCGCGCGCGCGGUCGCACGCGACUCGCCCGCCGCGCACUUCAUGCGGCUCUGCGCCGCCGUCGCGCGUGCGGCCCCCGACGACCCCGCGCCGGACGUCGCGGCGGCGGCAUUCGCGGCGUCGCUCGCGGACCCGCGCGCGCGGUGGUGGGGGCUGCGGGUCGGCGAGGACCGGGUGUUCGUGGGGGAGCCGCACUACGUCUCCCGGAACCUCUUCCGCGGGGGCACGUGCGGGUACGUCGGCGUGCACGUCCGUGCGGGGGAGGCGGCGCCGGGCGGGGGCGGGUGGCGGCCGCGGUUCGUGUACGUGAAGGACACGUACCGGGUGGUGGACCGCGAGGGGGCGCUGCGCGAGGGGGACGUCCUCGACGCGCUCAACGUUAGGGUGGUUGGGAACGUGCCGACGCUCGUGUGCCACGGCGAUGUCGGGUGGCGGGCGACGUCGAUGGCGGCGGCGUGGGUCCGGAGGCACUACCGAUUGGCGACGGAGGAGGUGUGUGUCUUGGUGGAGGAUGGCUUUGAGAACACGGCAGGGUUGUUGCAGGCGUUCGAAAAGCUCGUGGGAGCCCACGAAGUCGCACUUGGCAUGAAGCUCCUGCAUGGGAACGUCUCCCCGGACAACAUGAUGCUGUGGAAGAAGUCGUCCAAGAAAGACGGCGUGCGGUGCUAUGAGUACAUCCCAAUCCUAGGCGACUGGUCCACCACCGCCCGCCUGGGUUUGAAACACAACGAGGCUAUGGAGAGCGACGAACAGCACAGCGGAUACGUCCACGACAUCCCCAUCCGCUUCGCGGCCGCACGACGCUUUACACAACCACACUUCGCUGGCCCCAAGGUCUCGGACGACCUCGAGUCCUUCGUCCACUCUCUCCUCUACCUCCUGCUCCGGCACGCCCCUUCGAACUUGUUCGGCCCGUCCCUCGACGACUUCAUGCGCCGCUACUUCGAGCCCGGCUACCUGCACGACAGCCACUUCCGCGCGGGCGGACGCUACAGCCAGGCCGUGCCCGCGCCAGCCGUCCGAGGAGCGCUCAGGACGUCGAUCGUGCACGGCGAGCAGGGGAUCGUCGUCCGCCGCAAGGGCGGCUGCCAGGUCCUGCUCCGGUUCCACCUGCCCGGCGCGCCGUCGCAGGCCCACCCCGUCGACGCGGUCGUGCACGCGCUCCUGCAGAGCCUGCGCGCCGCGUACCGGGCCGCUGGCUACGGCGCGGGAGGCUCCUUCAGGAGGCCCAACGGGCGGUUCGACGUCGGAAAGUUCACCGCUGCGAUGGAACUGGCGAGUCAUCAGUACCAGCCCAAUAUCCUCACCAACGCGCACCCGCCUGCCGCCUGA